UUUCUCAUUUUACCGCCGUUUGAAAAAGGACGCUCGAUCGCUCGCUCGCUCGGUGGCAUCAAAAUUCGUUUGUGUCUUUCAAGUUGUGCUCGUGUUGUAAAUUGUGCGUGUUUUUUGUGCAGCACACGCGAGAUGAUUGUCGCACCUCAUCCGCUUUAUUAGCGAAUAUUCUAAAAAACCGAAACAAAAUGUUUCGUUAACCUUGUCAUCCUCCUCGGCACAGUACGCGGCACCCCCAGCGAAAUCGUCCAGGCAGCUUUGCACGCUGUUCUUUGCUUAGCAACCCUAGCCAUCCUUCGCAAGAAAUCCUUGCCGUAGGGAGUUGGUAAAAGGCAGCUGGAGUUUGGUUCCCACACGCAUACGCCCGAAGUCGACACGCACACGCACGUCUUGAUCGCGGUCGGUUAAAGAUCACGAAUCACGAAUUACGCACGCCGCCGCUGUUUGCGCUGCGUCAGUAGGCUUUUGAGGGCUAAAACCUCGUUUCAAACUCCUGCUAGUAAUCCCAGUUGCCUUCGCCGUGUAACGAGCAAAGCGAGUUGAUUCAUUUGCCAGGAAACAUGGCGUCCUUCCGCGUGCAUGAAGACCUGGAGAAAGAGAACCGUGGUGUGGACCCCAUGGCUGCCAAGAAAGCGGGUGGUACGGUGUUCGGCGCUGUCGGCAAAAACCAGCACCAGCCGCAACGCACAAUGUUGAACGUGCUCAACACGAACAUCCCGCAUGCGGAUAAAACGAUAAAGGAUGCUAAGAAUCUACGGGCUACGGGUGGUGCCGCUGUGAUGUCGAAGGUUCACCCACUUCGAAAGGUGGACGAAAAUGCAUGCAUUCCAAGAGCAGCAGGCUUGCCGGGUAAAGCCGUCCAAAAGGCAACCAGCAACGUCACGGAAGCAUUCAAGGGAUUCCAGGUGUACGACGAAUCCAAGGAAAACCUUGCCACUGUCGCCUGUCUUCCCCCGAAAGAGGAGACCACUCUGCACGAGAAAAGGGAACCACUGCAAGAGAUUAAAAAUGUGCAGCUACUGGAGACGCCCAUGUCCGUGGGCGAUAGCUACUCGCCCAUGUCGGUCGAUAAGUCGACGCUGAUCGUUGUCGACGAUGGUCCCAUACCGAAGAACGAUCGCGAGCGUUUCUACGAGGUAGAAGAGUAUCAGGAAGACAUUCUGCACUACCUGAAGGAGGCGGAAAGACGUAAUCGUCCCAAACCGAACUACAUGAUGAAGCAAACGGACAUUAACCACUCGAUGCGUACCAUUCUGGUCGAUUGGUUGGUCGAAGUUAGUGAAGAAUAUAAGCUGCACGGCGAAACGCUGGCACUGGCUGUGUCGUACAUCGAUCGGUUUUUGAGCUUCAUGUCGGUGGUUAGAGCUAAGCUGCAGCUGGUCGGCACAGCUGCCAUGUUCAUUGCAGCUAAAUACGAAGAAAUUUUCCCGCCGGAUGUAAGCGAAUUUGUGUACAUCACCGAUGAUACCUACACGAAGAACCAGGUGCUGCGGAUGGAGCAGCUCAUUCUCAAGGUUCUAUCGUUCGACUUGACCGUGCCCACAGCGCUGGUGUUCACGAACUUGUACUGCGUGAUGAACGAUGUGCCGGAUAAGGUUAAAUAUUUGACUAUGUACCUCUGCGAGUUGUCAAUGCUCGAAGCUGAUCCCUAUUUGACAUACGUUCCAUCGAAGAUAGCGGCCGGUGCGCUUGCAUUGGCCCGGCGCACCCUCGAUCUGCCAAUGUGGAGCAAAAUGCUCGAAAACAACACCGGGUACAAGCUGUCGAGUUUGAAGGACAUUAUUCUGGAUCUUAACAAAACACACUCCCUAGCGGCCACGAUGGCGCAACAGGCCAUUCAAGAAAAGUACAAAUCCAUCAAAUUCAAGGAUGUUGCCUCUCUGCCGGUCAUCAAGCUCACCGAAGAGGCGUUCGACAUCGUUUGCGAAUUUUUGACAAAAGCUGUUCCCGCAUCGUCGCAGCAGGCUCAACCUCAACAGCUUGUAACCUCCGCGACCAGUGACCAGGAGAAUGGCAGGGUACAGAAAAGCGUUCUCAUUGCUUAAGGAUCCCCGAACGGCGAACGCCUUAAUUUUGUUUUGUUAGGAAAAAUAUGUGCCCGGUUUUUUUUUUAAUUUAAUCAUGUUUGUCAAUCCCUUUUGGAUACUCCUUAAUUGUAACUACCCCACAAACCACCCCCGCGUCGCAGCAGAAUCUCGUUCCAUGUUACGAGAAAAGCGUUUUUGAGAAGAUUUUUUUUUUGACUUCGUGUUUUUUUAAUACUGUAAGACACACUGUAUUACUAGGCAUUUUUCUACAUCUUUUGUGAAAUCUAAUUUAUUUGUUAGCUUUGUCGUGAGGAGACUGUAUCUCUCUGGAAAACCUUACAAUCGCUGUCCGGCGGAAUAUAAUUGUAGCUUCAAACUAGAGAGAGAGCACGCCACUCAACGCUUUGCCAUGGUCAGGAUCAUAGCAAGGCGUAGUUUGCCGGUGUAUCGCAAAUUUGACUAAAUCCUGAGGUAAACUCAAUUCACCAGGACGUUCGCUGCUUCGCCGAAAACACGUCAUUGCAAGAGUAGAAUGUUAAGAAACGGAAAGUGAAACGAAUGGGAGCUGAAUAUGGAAAAGACUAGACAAUAAGGAACGACUUUAUAUCAUAGGAAAAUGCAGCCCCUUUUGUUACUUACUCCUUGAUGCAUGAUGGAAAUAAAUGACCCAAUGAAGCCGAAAGAAAAACGGAAAAA